CUUCCAGACGGUUUAUUUGUGUUUCUCGCGUUCGUCUUGUGUGAACUCUGUCCUAGAAGAAGCCACGCCCGUUUCUGCUUGCGUCAUCGGGAGAUAUAUAAAAGCAGCUGAGCGCCACACAGGCAGCACUUCAACUUCGGAGACGGAAACAGAGCAAGAAGACAGAAAACAAGCAGCAGCAGGAGCAGAGAGUUAAACAGCGAGACAAGGGAGACGCCAGAUACUUCCUCAGCUCUCACUGCGGCUUCUUUUGGAUUUAUUCCGGAUUAAAAGAAAGUCUUUCGGGUUUAAUAACGCCAUGUUUUCCACCAUCGGUACUGACCUGACCUACAGCAGCAUGGCUUCUCCUCUCACCCCAGCUCAGGAUUUCACGGACCUCGCGGUGUCAGGAGCGUCCUUCGUUCCCACCGUCACCGCCAUCUCCUCCAGCCCGGACCUGCAGUGGAUGGUCCAGUCGGUGGUGUCGUCCGUGGCUCCGUCUGAGAGCCGGGUCCAUCCCUACUCCUCCGACAUGACCUUCUCCAGAGCCAGAAUGGUGAAGACUGUGAGCGGAAACAAGGCUCCAAGCACCGCCAGCCGCAGGGGCAAAAUCGAACAGCUCGCUCCAGAGGAGGAGGAAAAGAAGCGUCUUCGUCGUGAGCGAAACAAGAUGGCGGCCGCUAAAUGCCGCAACAGGAGACGCGAGCUCACGGACACCCUGCAAGCCGAAACGGACAAGCUGGAGGACGAGAAAUCGGCUCUGCAGAACGACAUCGCCAGUCUCCUGAAGGAGAAAGAGCGUCUGGAGUUCAUCCUGGCUGCACACCAGCCCAUCUGCAAGAUCUCGCCCCAGAUGGACUCGUCCUUCACCAAGCCCUGCGUCUCUCCGGCGUCAUCAGAAAGCGCAGUGACCUCUGGACCUUCGACGCUGACCACCACCACCACGACCUCCGUGAAGCUCUCCGACCUCGAGUCCACUCUGGAGGCUUCGCUUGAUCUUCUCAGCAAAUCCGAGAUGGACACGGCGCGCUCGGUGCCGGACAUCGACCUGUCAAACUCCCUGUACGCCGCUCAGGACUGGGAGCCACUUUACACGCCGGCCAGCCUGGACCUGGAGCCUCUGUGCACGCCCGUGGUGACCUGCACGCCCACCUGCACGUCCUACACGUCUUCCUUCGUCUUCUCGUACCCGGACGGCGACGCCCUCUCCGGCUGCGGCCAGCUGCGUCGUCGCGAAAACGGCGGCAACGAGCAGACGUCCGAUUCGCUCAACUCGCCCACCCUGCUCACGCUAUAAGGGCGCCAAUACUUAUUCUUCUCCAUCAUCCUCACAUCAACACUGACCUUAAAGACUUUAACAGUACAGGGCUACAGACUCCACUAAGCAAUCUUUUAUUUUUAUUCUUAUUAUUACUAUUACUAUGUUAUUGUUAUUUUAUUAUUAUAAGUAACGCAUAUGAAUGAGCCUCUUCAACAUGUAGCAUGGUUUUUGUGUUUCAUUAUGCAGAUAUCGUGUAGAAAAUAUGUCUAAAUAAAUAUAUAAAUAAAUAAUCGUUUAUGGUGCUCGAUAAACUGUAACGUGGUCUCAGCAAUAUUCCGAAACUCGUAUGAAUUUGUGCGUUUUCUUUAUCUAGCCGUCGCGCUACUCUGCUAACGUUACGCAAAGUUUUCUGUGAAACAUCGUCUUACGAAUAAAUUAUGGAUUGUUUUUAUUUUUAUACUGGAAUGUGAGUAAAAGCAAAUGGAACGAUUUGCUGAAUAAAAACUAAUAAUAAAUAUUAAUUACACAA